CUCUGGUCUUCCCCAACACCACUAAGACUCGCGAGUCGUGUCUGCUGCAACAAACAAGCUUAACGUACAUCAUGGCGCCGUCUGACAACAACCACGGCUGGCUGCUGUACCUCUCACUGGCUGCCAAAUGCGACGACCCUCACCGCCUGCUCGGCUUCGCCGCGGUUUUCAUCGUUGCCUGCGUCGUCACGUCGCUCCUGCACUGGGCGUCCCCGGGCGGCCCCGCGUGGGGCAGGUACUGGUGGACGAGGAAGGGUGGUCUGGGCAUUGGCGCCCCCAUCCCGGGGCCUCGGGGACUGCCGGUGGUCGGCAGCAUGGAGCUCAUGACCGGCCUGGCGCACCGGAAGCUCGCGGCGGCGGGCGGCCAUGCCAGGCGCAGGCUGAUGGCGUUCUCCCUCGGCGAGACCCGGGUCGUGGUGACCGCCGACCCGGAUGUGGCGAGGGAGCUGCUCGCCAGCGCGGCCUUCGCCAACCGCCCCAUCAAGGAGUCCGCGUACGGGCUCCUGUUCCACCGCGCCAUCGGGUUCGCCCCGCACGGCGCGUACUGGCGCUCGCUCCGCCGCGUCGCGUCGGCGCAUCUCUUCUCCCCGCGCCAGGUCGCGGCCUCCGCCGCGCAGCGUGCCGCGAUCGCGCGCCAGAUGGUGGACGCCAUGAAAAGGGCCGCCGCCGGCCCCAUCGUGGCGCGGAGGUUCCUGAAGCGCGCCUCGCUGCACAACGUGAUGUGGUCGGUGUUCGGCCGGAGGUACGAGCUGCAGGCGGAGAGCGAGGAGGCCACGGAGCUGAAGAACCUGGUUGACGAAGGCUACGACCUCCUCGGCCAGCUCAACUGGUCCGACCACCUCCCCUGGCUCGCCCGCUUUGACCUGCAAAAGACCCGGGCCAGGUGCUCGGCCCUCGUCCCACGGGUGAACCGCUUCGUGAGCCGGAUCAUCGACGAGCACCGUGCCCGGCUCGCCCUCGGAGGCGACGCCGUCAUGGACUUCACCGACGUCCUGCUCUCCCUCCAUGGCAGCGACAAGCUCUCCGACUCCGACAUGGUCGCCGUUCUCUGGGAGAUGAUCUUUCGAGGCACUGACACGGUGGCAGUUGUGAUCGAGUGGGUGCUGGCCCGGCUGGUGCUGCACCAGGACGUGCAGCGCAGGGUCCACGAGGAGCUGGACCGGGUGGUCGGGCCGGGCCAGACCGUGACAGAGUCGGACACCGCCUCGCUUGUCUACCUCCAGGCGGUCAUCAAAGAAGUGCUGCGCCUGCACCCUCCGGGCCCACUGCUUUCGUGGGCCCGGCUCGCCACGUCGGAUGUACACGUGGGCGGGUACCUUGUACCCGCCGGGACCACCGCCAUGGUGAACAUGUGGGCCAUCACCCAUGACCCGACCGUUUGGGCUGAUCCAACAGAGUUCAGACCCGAGAGGUUCAUGGGCCCACUGGAUCGGGCCGACGAGUUCCCAAUAACGGGUUCGGAUCUCCGGCUCGCACCGUUCGGUUCAGGCAGGCGGAGCUGUCCCGGCAAGUCACUCGCAAUGGCUACCGUCGGGUUCUGGAUCGCCACCCUGUUACACGAGUUGGAGUGGUUGCCACCAUCCGACGACCCGCACCCGCACGGAGUCGACCUGUCCGAAGUGCUAAGGCUGUCAUGUGAGAUGGCUGCCCCGCUGGCGGCGAAGCUGAGGCCACGUCGUGCUGCGUGAUGGCGUGGCCGAGCCACGUGGCCCGGGGAGGAGUUGGUUUCUACGUACUACCUUGUAUCAGUACGUACGUGGCCGGUGAGCUGUACGAAAAUGUCGAGUGUGCCGCUCUAGAAAUGUACGUGCCUAUGUAAUGUGCCGCUCUAGAUAUGUAUAUGUAUAUGUAUAUGUAUAUGUAUAUAUGUAUAUGUAUGUAUGUAUAUAUGUAUGUGUAUAUAUAUAUGGGCAUGUACCUGCAUGCAUGUAAUAUAGAUUACACGAGGUAAUGUACUACUUAUAUUGCUAGAUAAGUGUGACUAGCGGCGAAGCUAUAAUUGAAAUGUGUACUCGAGUUUUUAA